UUGCGACGACGCUGGGUAAAUCAUCUGGACACUGGGUCUCACUAUCGCCAAAUAUAUUUGGAGAUCGGCUUCGGCUACGGCUUGGCAGACAUUUUUUUCUUUCUACAAUUUUAAAUUAAAUUUAUUAGAAUAAAUGCUUCGAACACACGCGAUCUAAGUACCUUUUGUGUUUAUUAUACCUUACCUACCUAGGUAUAAAAAGAGUACUUACGUAGAUUUUCUUUUAUUAACUGUUUUAUACGAAGAUCUUGAUCUCUCAAAUUAGCAUCCAUUUUACUUCCAGUGAUUAUCAACUAAAUUAAUAAUCCACAAAGUAUUAAAUAACGUUUUUAUGAAAUAUUUAGCACAAAAACAAUACCCUUUAAAUAUCGAUCGUCAGUAACUGUGGCUGACUUACCUAUAUUCUAGCAAGCAGGACUGCCAGAUGUGAAGGGGAAAUCCCCAAUAAAUUGUUGCAUGUGACUGAUGAUGUGAGCAUGUUCGUUUCAUAAUAAAAAUGUUGCCAGGUAACCAAAAAGUCGUAUGUUUUUGUGCGAAUUACGAUCAUAAUCUUUACGAUCGUACAUUAAAAAAUAGACAAAUAAUAGUAUGAGUACGAUUUAAAUCGUAUAUCUGUCAACCCUGCUAGCAAGACAGCGACAAAAUCACGUUGCAUAACAAUGUAGCCCAAGCUUAUAUCUUAUGAAAUAUACGGAAGAGAUACGGACUUAGAAAAAACAGAAAUGUUGUUCUUUGUGGAAGUCAUUGAUGAAAUUCUAUGUAUUUUAGCCCGCAAACUUUCUUCAAACAAAAACAGCGCCAUCUAGUAUCGAGUUCUGUAAUUAUCUCUUUGUUUAUGGAUUUGAAGUAAGACCGCCACGCAUGCAAUACAUUAUGACUGGGGAUUCCCCUAUUCGUCGACGCUGAAUAUGAGGCGACGACAAUCACUGUCAAACGUGUUCACUAUUACUCUGACUCUGGUAACGUGACUUCCUGGUAACGUGUUAGGUAGGAAAAGCAGUAAAAAAGUGCAUAUUAAGGGAGCAGAUUUGAAAUAAUAUUUAUACUUAACAAGAAAUAAUUAAAGGUUCAAUGGGGAGACCUAAAGAUUUACGCAUAUGGGAGCACUACCGUACUUUACCAAACAAGUCUGUUUCUUGCAAGCUUUGUAAUAAGGUCUACAAAUUCAGUAAUGCUGCCAAAAUGCUUCAACAUCUUAUCACUUGUCCAAAAUCUCCAGAAACAUUAAAAGACUCUAUGAAACUUAUAAAAGAUAGCUCGUCCAAAACCAAAAUGUCUGGACUGUCAGAGAUAGAGACAAAUGAUUCUUUUAUAAGCCCCUCGUCGUCUGCUAACACUACAAUAAAUGCUGAGUUUCAAGACACCGAUGAUCAUAUAAAAACAGAAUUAGCGAGAGCUAUAUUUGUAACAGGGACGCCAUUAUCGAUGGUGCAACAUCCUUUAUGGAUACAAUUUUUCGAAAAAUUGCAACCAAAAUUUAAAAUACCUUCACGUAAAGCUUUAGCGACAAAAUACUUAGAUAAAAUAUAUAGAGAAAUGCGUUUUGAGUUAAAUGAGGAACUAAAUGCUUGUAGUUACUUACACCUUCAGUGCGAUGGCUGGUCUAAUUUAAGAAAUGAAGGAAUAAUAAACUUUCUUAUAUCAAAACCUCAACCUGCAUACGUUAAAAGUUUGAAUACAGAAAGUAAUCCUCACACUAGUGAAUACCUUAGCCAAGAAGUUGAAAAAGUAAUGAAAGUGUAUGGAGCAAAUAAGUUUCUUGUACUUAUUGGCGAUAACGCUAGAAAUAUACAAAAGGCAUUCGAAUUAACAAAACUCAAAUAUCCACAUGUUGUUCCUCUCGGUUGCUGUGCACAUAUCCUUAACUUGUUGUGCCAAGAUAUUGUAAAGAUACAAGAAGUAACUGUGUUUAUUAUGCAAGCCAUAAAUAUAAUAAAAACUUAAAAGGAGUCAACGAUUAAGUUCCUUGUUGAUAAAAUCAAGGCAGGGUGAAGAUUCUACACAAACACUAAAAUUGCCUUGUGCUACAAGAUGGGGAAGUCAUGUUACUUCGUUAAAAAGUUUGAAAGCAAAUAAGAUAGCUUUGCAAAUAUUAACAGUUAGAGAAGAUGUGGUAAUUUCAAGAGAUAUUAAAGAUUUAAUUCUAAGUGAUGAUUUCUGGACGAAGACAGGGGAAUGUAUAAGUAUUUUGGAACCAGUCACUGAAAGCAUAUUUUACUUAGAGAGCGACCAGAAUCGUUUGCAUCGCACAUACAUUACAUUUAGAGAUGUACAAGCUAAGAUACGUUUUGCAUUAAAUGAGAUUUCGACAUUGAGCGAAGAAAGCAAACAGCAGAUUCUAACAUCAGUAUCUUCAAGAUGCAAUAUGGCAAUGAGGCCAAUACAUUUUGCAGCAUAUAUUCUAGACCCCAGGACUCUAGGAGUCGAACUUACUCAAGAGGAAGAACUUAAGGGUAUGGAGUUUAUCUACAAUUUAAGCCAACACUUAAGUUUGUCAAAUGUAAUGGCAGAUUUGGCGUGUUAUAAAGCUAAAGAAAACUUUUGGGCCAGAGGAUUUGUAUGGAGCUCAUUAGAUAGCAUUGAGCCCCUAAUAUGGUGGAAAGGUAUUUGUGGUUCCACUGAGUUAAGCAAAGUAGCGAUUCGUAUUCUAUCAGCUCCCUGUACUUCGGCAGCCACUGAGCGUUCCUUUAGUAUCCAAGGCUACAUACAUAAUAACAAAAGAAAUCGACUUACAACUGAAAGAACUGAAAAAAUUUCAUUCAUUUGUUAUAACUGGAAUCUUAAACAUAAAGCUGAAUGCGAGGACAUUCAGUUUAAUGAAGAAAAUACCUUAGAAGCUUUCAUUGAGCAAGUAAAUGAACAUAACAGUUUAGACGAAAUAGAGCCUAUCGAACCUAUACAAUUCAUCGCUUGUAAUAACUCUGAAUCUGACAGUGAUUGACUGUAGUUUUACAUUUUACUUUCAUCUCUUUCUUAAUAAACUCAAAAUCAAAUUAAAAGUUUUUUAUUCUGUAGGCUGCAUAAUAAUAUUGUCUAUGUCCAGUAUAGUGGACGUCUUGCGGCUGAGAUGACGAUGAUGAAGUACAAAAUCAUAAACACCCAAAAAUUUGGGUGUUUAUGGGGUUUAAACCCAAUAAACCCAAAACACCCGGUUUUUACCCACCAGACUUUAAACCCACCCAGGUGGAUUGCCCAUCU